AUGAGCGAAAAUGUGCAAGGGACGUUCGUGUCGGAAAAAGUCUCUAAAAUUAGAUGGAAACACGAGGAUUUCGAGGAGGCUACUAAUUUUAUAACCGGUAGCUGGGACGAUCCGGUGAAUAAAGUGACUCAUUGGACAUUUCAAAUGAACGAUGACGGGGAAUCGUAUCCAGCAGUUGUUUCAUCAUACGCGAUACUUGGAGACGUGACUGAGAUAAAGUUUAUUUCGAGGGAUUUCUUCGUGGUGUCUACGUCUAUAGGCACUGUUAGAUUAUUACAGAUCCAUGAAAAUCCUUACUCUCAAUUCAAAGAACACAUGUCGUGGGAAUUUAUACAUAAAUUUGAUAAAACAACUGAUUAUGCAUCUUGCACCGGGCUUUCCACAUUCGAACAAGAUAUAGUUUCAGUAGGAGAAGAUGGAAGAAUUAAUCUUUUAACUGCUGGGCAGAAGAAACCAGUUAGAGUUAUUGAUCAAGCUGAUAGCUGUUCUAUAUAUUGUAUUGAUUUCUUGAGGCACAAUGAGAUACUGACAGGAAAUUUGAGGGGACAUAUGAAAGUCUGGGAUUUAAGAAACGAUCAAGAUAUUCCUGCUACAACAUUUAUGCUCUCUGACCAGACAAAAACAGAAGCUACAAGUAUUGCUCAUCAUCCAACUCAAAGGCAUAUAGUUGUGGCUGGAGGAGGUGAUGGUAGCUUAACAGUAUGGGACUUGAGGCACAAUACGUAUCCAAUGUCUCAACUAAAUGCUCAUGCUAAAUCUGUCAGUGAAAUCCUUUUCCAUCCUGAUAGACCAGAAAAUCUAUUUACUUGUUCAGCCAGUGGCGAAUUAUGGCAUUGGAAUAACGCUCAACAUUCGAAAUUAAGUUUAGACCCUACAAACACGCAUUGGUUAAAUACAAUUGGUACAAACGGUAAAGUUAAUGUAAUGUCGCUUUGUAGUGCUAUGCAUAAACCAAUAAACAGUAUUGAUAUUGAUAGAUCAACGUUACUUUUUGGAUGCGAUAAUGAAGCAUUAGAUGGCCCAACCACAUCUAAUAGCACAACUGUACCUUCUACGGUUCCAAAAAAUCAAGUUCAAUUAAACCCUUAUAACGGUUUGCCUUAUACACCAAGAUAUCAUGAAUUUUAUAAAAAAAGAAUAACCUUGCCUGUAUUUGAAUAUCGUGCUGAUUUUAUGAGGUUAUUAGCACAGCAUCAAUGUAUUGUGCUUGUUGGAGAAACAGGGUCAGGCAAGACUACACAAAUUCCACAAUGGUGUGUAGAAUAUUCAAGGUGUAUAGGCACCAAGGGUGUUGCUUGCACACAACCAAGGAGAGUAGCAGCUAUGUCUGUUGCACAAAGAGUUUCAGAAGAAAUGGACGUUGCAUUAGGUGAAGAAGUAGGAUACAGUAUCCGUUUUGAAGAUUGCAGUUCUCCAAAAACUGUAUUAAAAUACAUGACUGAUGGUAUGCUUCUUCGUGAAGGAAUGUCAGACCCUAUGCUUGAUGCCUAUCAAGUGAUACUGUUAGAUGAAGCUCAUGAAAGAACUUUAGCCACAGAUUUGCUUAUGGGUGUGUUAAAAGAAGUGAUUAAACAGAGACCAGAUUUGAAACUUGUGAUUAUGAGUGCAACAUUAGAUGCUGGAAAAUUCCAACAGUAUUUUGAUAAUGCACCUUUAAUGAAUGUACCUGGCAGAACUCAUCCUGUUGAGAUUUUUUAUACACCUGAACCUGAAAGAGAUUACUUAGAGGCUGCUAUCAGAACUGUUAUUCAAAUUCACAUGUGUGAAGAAGUGGCAGGAGAUCUGCUUCUUUUCUUAACUGGUCAAGAAGAAAUUGAAGAAGCUUGUAAAAGAAUCAAAAGAGAAAUGGAUAACUUAGGUCCAGAAGUAGGUGAACUUAAGUGUAUACCACUGUAUUCCACAUUGCCCCCCAAUCUUCAACAAAAAAUCUUCGAUCCGGCACCUCCCACAAAACCAAAUGGCGCUAUUGGUAGGAAAGUAGUAGUUUCAACUAAUAUUGCCGAAACAUCGUUAACCAUCGACGGUGUCGUAUUUGUGAUAGAUCCAGGGUUUGCAAAACAAAAGGUAUAUAAUCCUCGAAUUCGUGUAGAAUCUCUCCUUGUAUCGCCUAUUAGUAAAGCAUCUGCUCAGCAAAGAGCUGGUAGAGCCGGUCGUACAAGACCCGGAAAAUGUUUCAGACUAUACACAGAGAAAGCAUAUAAAAAUGAGAUGCAGGAUAAUACUUAUCCUGAAAUUUUAAGAUCAAAUCUUGGCAGUGUUGUAUUGCAACUAAAGAAACUUGGCAUUGAUGACUUGGUACAUUUCGACUUUAUGGAUCCACCUGCACCCGAAACUCUUAUGAGAGCUUUGGAACUUCUGAAUUAUUUGGCGGCCUUAGAUGACGACGGAAACCUCACUGAUUUGGGUGCUGUGAUGGCAGAAUUCCCGUUAGAUCCUCAGUUGGCGAAAAUGCUUAUUUCAUCACGCGAUCACAACUGCAGUAAUGAGAUACUUAGCAUUACUGCCAUGUUGUCAGUCCCACAGUGUUUUGUGAGGCCAAAUGAAUCAAAGAAGGCUGCGGACGAUGCUAAAAUGCGAUUUGCACAUAUCGACGGAGAUCACUUGACGUUAUUGAACGUGUACCACGCUUUCAAACAAAGUUUCGAAGAUCCACAGUGGUGUUACGAUAAUUUCGUCAAUUACCGAUCUCUAAAAAGCGGCGACAACGUUAGGCAACAACUAAGUAGAAUAAUGGAUAGAUUUUGUUUAAAACGUACCUCGACAGAUUUCACAUCAAAAGAUUAUUAUAUCAAUAUUAGGAAAGCGCUCGUGGAUGGAUUCUUCAUGCAGGUCGCACAUUUAGAAAGGACUGGUCAUUAUUUGACGAUCAAAGAUAAUCAAAUUGUACAGCUUCAUCCAAGCAGUUGUUUGGAUCAUAAACCCGAAUGGGUAAUUUACAACGAGUUUGUGCUUACGACAAAGAACUACAUCAGGACAGUUACUGAUAUUAAACCUGAUUGGCUAUUAAAAAUAGCACCACAAUAUUAUGAUUUACAAAAUUUUCCACAAUGUGAAGCAAAGAGACAAUUGGAAGUGAUCCAAGCGAAGUUAGACUCAAAACAAUAUCAAGAAGGGUUCUAACCUCUAUAUAUAUUAGCUAUCUUCAAAAAUGGUGUCAAACGAUUGAUAAUGUGUGGUCGAUCUAUUUUCGGCAAUACGUCAGACACACGGUUCUUUCAAACAUAAAGCCAAAACACUUACUAAACGUUGCGAGACGGCCGUAUGGGUAGUUCUCUACUCUGUAUUUUCACUUAAAAACAUGUAAACAAAAAGACAAAUUUUAAAGAACAUUUAUAAUUUUGUACAAG